AAUUUCAUGGGAGCCGAGCCAAGAUGCAUGCAGAUAUACUCCCAACUAGCACAUAUUAUUAAGAUGCAGUCACUCGCGGUAAUAAGUUUUGCAGUGGUUUUGCUUGGUGUGUUUCAAAGAGGGACAGCCAUUGACGAGAAUGGAGUCAUUGAAGGCGUUCUAAAAAGGAUACUUGAAGACUUGUUGGAUAGCAGAAUCCAAGUAAAAGAGUUAGAUGCUAGCAGUAUAAAGGAUCCUGCACCCACAGCGCUCACCGAAUGCAUUGGAGAUACUUCGUUAAUUGGUUUAGGAAGGACAUUUAGGAGGUUUGAUGAUGAUGGCUCAAAAUCGAUCGAAUUUGAAGAAUUCUUAAAGGGACUGGUACAAUACGGUUGCCAAAUAGGUUUUAACCAAUCUGGAGCAAAACAACUCUUCGAUUCAUUGAAUAAUGGGAAGGAAAAAUUGAGCUUUGAUGAUUUUGUCGAAGGAAUCCCGGAACCACUCUCUGAUGAAAAGAAAGAGUCUGUGAUAAGGACAUUCAAGAAGGCUGACUCGAAUCAUGAUGGCGUACUCACCCUAAAUGAUGAUAUGAUUAGCGAACGGGUUUUUAAAAACAUGGACGAAGACAACAACGGAGAAGUAAACAUUCAGGACUUCGCGAACUAUUGCAAAAUGAUUUAUCCGUGGGUCUCUGAUGAGCAUUUCGACUUUUUCUUAAGGAAUAUGGUGAAAUCCAUUUGAAAACUGAAGACCGAGUUCGUAAAAAACUUCCAUGAACGAGCUAUUGAUGCAAAUAGAUUAGGUUUCGACAAUAAUAUGUUACUCAGUGAGAGAAAUCAACACAAGAACAUAUGGACAGUUUUUUGUUACACAAUAUAAUGAUUAAAAGACAACGAGUUUUAUGUAAAAGAUUGGGUGAUAUUAUGCGCUUUACUACUAUAGUGUUUUAGAUCUAAGAAAACAUCAAUACACUAUUAAAUCUCAAAACUAUAAGAUAACAUAUUUUGUCCAAAGAUGGAUUUUUCAUUUUUCAAGAAUAAUCAAAGGAUCAAAACCCAGCAAGCAGUUUUCAUUAUUGUCUAUUUUUACAGUUUGAUAAAUAAUGUUUUUUUUUCAUUCUCGUCGAAAGAGAUGUCUUGGUACAACAAUACAUUUCCCCAAAAUAAGAUAAUAUAAUUCUCGGGAGAUAUAUAUAUAAAAUAUAUGCCCGUUCUAGGCCCGUAGCCAGAGGGGGAGCUGGGGGAGCCGA